AUGGCGCUGCUGAGCCCGCGCGUGCCGCGGCUGCCGCCCUCCACCUUCACCUUCGCCGCCGCGGCCGGUGCCCCGUGCUUUGGCCGUGCCACGAGGUGCCAGGCGACGGCGGCGGGCGGCGUGGCGGCCGCGGGGCCCCCGUCGUCGGAGCUGGAUGCCAUCCAGUGGGGCAGCGCCAAGCUGCAGGGCGUUCGCGACGAGAUGGAGGAUGAGGUCUUGCUCCGCCCGGGCUCCCUCCUCGACGGCUUCUCCUUCGCCGCCGUCUUGGAUGGACACGCCGGCUUCUCCGCCGUCCAGGACGAGCUGUACAAGGAGUGCGCAGCCGCGUUGGACGGCGGCGCGGUGCUCAGCACUAAGAAUCUCGACGCUAUCACAGCCUCCAUCCAGCGUGCCUUCGCCGCUGUCGACGCCAAGCUCUCCACCUGGCUCGAGCAAGCGGACAAGGACAACGACUCUGGUGCUACGGCAACUGCCAUGUUUCUCAGGAACGAUGUCCUUGUUGUCUCGCACAUUGGGGACUCUUGCUUGGUGAUAUCACGCAGUGGAAGACCUGAAGCUUUGACCAGCUCUCAUCGACCAUAUGGGAACAACAAAACGUCCCUUGAAGAGGUCAAGAGGAUCAGAGCAGCAGGUGGAUGGAUUGUUGAUGGGCGCAUAUGUGGAGACAUAUCUGUAUCUCGUGCUUUUGGGGACAUAAGAUUUAAGACACGAAAGAAUGAAAUGCUGGUGAAAGGAGUUAAAGAAGGAAGGUGGACUGAUAAGUUCAUCUCACGAAUAAAAUUUAAAGAUGAUCUAAUAAUCUCGUCACCUGAUGUAUCUCUGGUAGAGCUUGGACCAGAUGUUGAAUUUGUUCUAUUAGCAACUGAUGGUCUUUGGGAUUACAUAAAAAGCUCUGAAGCUGUAGCUUUUGUCAGAGAUCAACUACGUCAACAUGGUGAUGUCCAGUUGGCCUGUGAGGCACUUGGUCAGAAAGCUCUGGUAUUGAUGCCUGCCACAUUCAUCUUUUCUGUUCUUUUCUUUUUGAUCAACGGUCCCAAGACAAUAUUAGCAUAG